UCUUAAUCACGUUACCAUGUUUUACCACUAGCACAUUUGCAAAGUCUUGUAUUAUAUUCUCUAUAUAUUAGAAUAGUAUAAUUGUCAUGUACACUGAAUAAUCAUGAGGAGAGGACCAGGUCUUGCUGGAGUAAAUCGUAACAGAAUUACAAAGGAAAGAUAUGCAGCAAAAGGAACUGAAUUAGCUGAUGCUGAAAUCUCUCAUAUGGUAGAACAAUUAGAGUCCUUCAAACAUUACUUAGAAACAUUCGCAUCUAAACAUCAAUCAGAUAUAAAAAAGAAUCCUGAAUUUCGACAACAUUUUCAAAAACUUUGUGCACAGAUUGGUGUGGAUCCCUUAGCUUCAAGCCGUGGUUUUUGGUCUGAAAUCUUGGGUGUUGGUGAUUUUUACUAUGAGCUCGGUGUUCAAAUCACAGAGGUGUGUCUGGCAACAAAAGCUAAAAACGGUGGCCUAAUUGCACUUGAUGAUUUGCAUAAGCUUGUAUUAAGAGGGCGCGGUAGAAAUCGUCAAGAUGUUUCAGAGGAUGAUAUAGUUCGUGCCAUAAAGAAACUUAGCAUUUUGGGUAGUGGCUUUAAGGUAUUGCCUUUACAAGAACGACAACUAGUCCAAUCUGUACCUAGUGAGUUGAACAUGGAUCACACAACGGUUUUACAAACAGCUCAAAAAACUGGUUACACAACAUAUUCGUCAAUCAUUUCCGAAUUAAAAUGGGAUAAAGAAAGAGUGAAGCAUUUAAUAAAUUACUUGAUACAAGAGGGUAUGAUAUGGGUUGACAACCAAGAUCCCAAAGAAGUGCUUUAUUGGGUUCCAGGUUUUUUCCCAGACAAUAGUUAAAUCGAUCUAUGGUAUCACAAUAUUACAGUCACCUACCUAUUGUAUUAACUGCUCGCUGCAUAGCAGCAUCCUGCACUGUGCAGGAAUAGUGAACAUUCGCGCACAAGGCAGGAAUACGAUAACAGCUUGAAUAAUUUUGUUCAAGUUCUCUUUCUUAUUGUAAUAGUGACUGGAAUAUGUAAAUAAAUUUUUUACACUCCA